AUGGCUCCACGGCGGAAUGCGCAAUCGACUCCGGCGGAGAUCUCUCUCUCCCCCCAGCUCAAGAGCUGCCUGGUCAACCUCCCCGCAUCGUUGGUCUCGCUCCUCGUCAACGUCAACACCCCCGCGCAAAAUGUCAUCGUGGAACUCAAUUACCGACCUUCCUCCGCGAGCGCCUCCGGGUCCGGCGCAUCACAACAACGGUCCGUCUUCGUGGGCUGGACCGGCAUGCCGAGUAAGCGCAAAGUCGCCCCCAUAGUCGGACGAGACGGGAUCAAUGGUGGCAGGAGUGGUGGACGCGAGCAAGAAGUGGCACAGGUUGAAAUUGAUGCCACGCUCGCCAACACUUUGGGACUCUCGGAUGGGCAGAAGGUGACAGCCUCCAUACACGUCGAUCCUCCGGUUGCGCACACGAUCAACAUUGAGCCGCUUACGCCGGAAGACUGGGAAAUGAUUGAGCUCAACGCGAACUUCCUCGAACUCAACCUGCAGUAUCAAGUCCGUGCCUUACCGAACCCCGCCUUCCUCUCGAGCACUGGUACCAUCGUCCAGCCGCACGCCGUCACGUUGCAUCUGUCACCAACUUCUACAGCCAACAUCAAGGUCGUAUCGCUCGAUCCCCCGCCACCAACCGAUUUUCCAUUCGCAAAAAUCUCACCGAACGCUGAAGUCAUCGUUGCGCCAAAGACCCGAGCCAAGACGUCGCAUUCGCUGGGGGAGAACCGCAGCGUGGCCAGCACAUCCAAAUCGAAGCGAAGUGGCGCGAGCACAGUUCGUCGUCGAAGUGCGCGAGAGGAGCGAAAACCGGCGUUGUGUCUCCGAGGUGUAGACCAGACGGCAUGUGUGGAGUGGUUUGACGAGGACAUCACGAUUCAAGACUUCAGUGUUUGGGUCGACCGCGACAUUCUCUAUACCAAGGACUUCCGAGGUGUAAACUACGUUUCGGUCAAUAUACUGCGUCCAACCCCCCAACCCAGCACCAACCCGCAAAAGCCGCAGCAGGACGCUGAAGCAGCGUCCAACGCGUCCAAGAUCUCGACUAAGGUUAUCGCGCAUUUGCGGGCUUGGGAUGAUCCUCCUGACAGCAAAACAAUCGCGCUGUCUUCGCCGUUGUGCUCAACUUUGGGCUUCACAGGCGCUGUAGGCGGCAUUAUCAAAAUUGAGCCAGCGCCUCAGCAAUGGCCACUAGAUGCCGUGCAGAGGCUGAUCAUCCACCCAUUUGCAGCCUCCAAGAAGUCGACAUCAGACGGUUUGAAGUUCGGCGGCGAGUCCAAAGCUGGAAAGGAAGAAGCUUCAAAGCAAUUCAAGCAUAUGUAUGGAGCUCGCAAGGAUUCUUCUUCCCUUCUUAGUGGUCCUCUGACCGAUGGAUCAGUCAUUGGUCUCUACGACGGGUUGGAGGCUCCUCAAGGCUGGGAAGGUGGUGUCGUGCGCUUCGACCCGACUGCCAUCAACAGCGAUCCACUCAGAUCGUCGACAAAAUGGGUACUGGGACUCAGCGACAAGAUCAAUAUCGAAUUCCGUGACCCGGUCCCUCGUCCUCAGUGGAUGAACAACGACAGUCUUGCCGAGUUGCAGCCCUCUUAUGAUGGUCAGCUUGUGGGCAUUGACAAAUUGCUGCAAGAUCUUCGAAGUCACCUCUCUCAUCUAUCUUCGACUCUCCUCACUGGUGCUCUUGGCUCAGGCAAGACUGCUGUUGCCAAGUCACUGGCUCACGAGCUCGGAAAAGAACUACUGUUUCACACCACAUACUUCCCAUGCAGAAAGCUUGUUAACGACGAAACGAGAGUCGCAACUAUCAAAGACACGUUGAAUCAGGUUUUUAUGUCAGCAAGCUGGGGAGCCCGACUAGGGGGCAAGGCGCUUGUAGUUCUCGACGACCUCGAUAAGCUGUGUCCGGUGGAAACGGAGUUGCAAGUCGGCAACGACAACGGACGCAGCCGCCAAGUAGGUGAAAUCAUUAGCAGCAUUGUGCGUCAAUAUUGCAACGCGGAGACUGGCGUGGUUUUGCUGGCGACAUCCGAGGGCAAGGAUUCUUUGAAUAAUGUUAUAAUUGGAGGUCACGUCGUUCGUGAAAUCAUCGACCUAAAGGCGCCAAACAAGGAAGCAAGGCGCAAGGUCAUGGAGUCCAUUGUGAGACAGGAUGCUGUUUCUCCUGAAGACAUUCCGCAGGUGUCUCAUGAUGGUAGUCGACCUCAAACAGCGGAUGGCAGUGCAGCAGGUGAAGAUAGCGCUUGGAUGGACGCAGGCAGCCAAGGCAGUCAUGAGCAGCGGAACGGGACAGCAGCAGGCUUCGUUCUGGAUCCUGAUCUAGACUUCCUCGACGUCGCUGGUCUCACAGACGGUUACAUGCCAGGAGACAUUAGCUUGCUCGUCGCAAGGGCUCGCAAUGAGGCAAUCAUUCGAUCAGUCAGCGAGGAUAACGAGGGAGGUGCCGUUAACCUUGGCCGCGUUGACUUCGACAGCGCCCUCAAGGGUUUCACGCCGGCGUCACUUCGAAAUGUCUCUCUACAGAGCUCUACCACAACAUUCAGCUCGAUCGGUGGUUUGACGGAGACCCGGCAGGUUCUCCUUGAGACCUUGCAAUACCCGACAAAAUACGCGCCCAUUUUCGAGCAAUGCCCUUUGCGGCUGCGGUCUGGUCUCCUGUUGUACGGAUACCCCGGUUGUGGCAAAACCCUUCUCGCAAGUGCGGUGGCUGGAGAAUGUGGUCUCAACUUCAUCAGCGUCAAGGGACCUGAAAUUCUCAACAAGUACAUCGGUGCCUCGGAGAAGAGUGUCCGCGAUCUCUUCGAGCGUGCAUCGGCCGCCAAGCCUUGCGUCCUGUUCUUCGAUGAAUUUGACUCUAUUGCGCCGAAGCGUGGACAUGAUUCUACGGGAGUGACGGACCGCGUGGUGAACCAGCUCCUCACUCAGAUGGACGGUGCAGAAGGCCUCUCUGGUGUGUACGUACUCGCAGCCACUUCUCGACCGGACCUGAUCGAUCCUGCACUGCUUCGUCCAGGCCGUUUGGAUAAGUCCCUGCUCUGCGACAUGCCGUCACUGGAAGAACGUGUCGACAUUCUAAAGUCGCUUUCUAGCAAGGUCAAGCUGAGCGAGGAACUGACGAAGUCUGACGAUGCCUGGACGGAAAUUGCACGACGGACGGAGGGAUUUUCUGGAGCAGAUCUCCAGGCGCUUGUCUCUAACUCACAGCUGGAGGCAAUUCACGACGUGUUGGAUGAUGUCUCACACCCUCCUACGACCAACGGCAAGGUCAACGGAAAGUCGGCUUCCUCGAACGGGUCGAUUCCCAGCUUCGUGCAGUUCAGGUAUGGGCAAGAUGCGGCGCCUGCUACGAAGGCCAUCAGCCGAUCCGCGGAGAUUGUGGAAAACAACGCAAUAUUAGCCAAGCUGGAAAGCAUUAAGCAAGCUCGGAAGAGGGUCAAGCACGCACAACGUCCAGAGGGCGAGGCUAAGCCCGUCGAGGAUAAGGAGGUUGUGGUGAGAUUGAACCACUUGAUGAAAGCUCUGGAGAGCACCAGGUCCAGUAUCAGUACGCAGGAGCGAGCAAGACUGCAAAGAAUCUAUAGAGAAUUUGUUGUCGGCCGUAGUGGUGAGAUGAGAGACGGCCAAGGUAGCAUGGAAAUUGGCGGGCGAAGUAGCCUCAUGUAA